AUGGAGAGGUCAAGCAUUGCUCUCAUCGUGCUCAUGUUUUUACUGUUCCAUCAGACAAGAAUCUAUGGAGAAGAAGUGGAGAUGAAAGUCAGACCAGGAGACAACAUUACUCUCUACUGUGUUCGCUCUUUUACUCACGGUUCCCUCAUUGUAUGGAUAAGAAACUGCUCUCAUGAAAAUCAACCCUAUCUCGUAAUAGAUUUUACGAAAUGGGAACUGAAGAUAUUUCAGCGUUUCAGCUCUAUAUACAACCGCUACAGCAACUCUUAUGAUCUACAUAUUACUAAUAUUAGUGUCUCUGAUCUGGAACUGUACUACUGUGCAGAACAAGAGAAUAAGGUAAAUAAAGAUGAAAAAGGCAUCAUCUCCUCAUCAGAUGUGUACUAUUAUGGAAACCGAACAACUCUGACUUCCUGUUCUGAACCCUCUGCACCUCCUGACUGUGCGCUCUGCUGGACGCUGCUGUUCAGUGUGUGUCCGGUGUGCGUUCUCCUCUCUUCACUCCUGUCCUCCAUCUGUGUGUUCUGCUUCUGUCAGGCUCAAACUACAGGUUCUGCGUGGAGUGCAGAGAUACUCACAGCGGAUGUUAAUAAGGGGGAUCCUACGGAGAAUCAUCAGUGUGAGAUGAGUAAGAUGGGAAAGAUCUGCCUUCACACUGAAGCCUCUUAUAGACUAUUGACCUCUGCACAACCCUAUGCCAAGAUGUGAUUCUGCCUGCUCAAUUUAUACAUACUACUGCAAAAUUACUGCCUACUAUUGAUCACUCUUUUUGUGCUCAGCAAUUUCAGAUUUGAUUCUGAACUUGUGUUUUUCUUAAGCAUGCUUUUUUUUAACUACAUUUAGUAUGCAUGCA